UCACUGUCAGUAGUGAAGUGAUAUCAUGGGUGUAUCUUUUGCUGUUAUUAUGAUUUCAUAAUUCAAUUCACGUAAUAAUUGUUAUAUCAUAGAACUAUCCUCUGAAUUAAGCCUGCAACAAGGGCGUAGUGAACCGUUCAACACAAUGGGAGACAGCCGGAAAAAGAAAAAGUUUUACUUUCGCAAGCGUAGAAAUAAAUAUUUCCUGGAACCCGGCUUCAGAGGAUUCUUCUGUACAUGCAAUUUCAGGGAGAAAGAUUGCGUGAAGGAGAUGUACAACUUGCUGAACGAGUACGCGGGCAAGUUGUACCCGGAGGAAGAAGUGAGUACUCCCAGGCCGGCAUCCGUGGAGCCAGAGGAGCGGUCUGACAGUGAGUCUGACUAUGAGACUGAUAUCGGAGACGUUCUGAAGCAGGAGGUGGAGACCAUGAGGAAGGGGUCGCAAAGUUCGCUCAGGCACAAGCGGUUCCAGGUCGUGGAGACUGGUGCGUCAAAUUGUAUCUUUAUAAAAACCAACUUGCCUAGUCCAGAAGAGUUGACCAACGCUAUUAUAAAAGAUCUGUCUACAACAAAAGUGCAAAAGACGAGACACGUUUUACGCUUACUCCCAAUAAUGGCUACAUGCAAAGCAAACUUGCCAGAUAUCAUGGAAUGUGCUGGCAAAUUAUUAGACAAAUAUUUUCUAAAAGAGCCAUCAACUUUUGCUGUGAUUUUUAACAAAAGGUUCAAUAGCAGUGCCUCACGGGAACUGAUUAUAAAAGAGCUUGCCGAUUUGAUUGUCCUUAAGAAUGGUGGAAACAAAGCUGAUUUGAAAAAUCCAGGGCUGUGUUUCAUAGUCGAGAUAAUAAAAGGUAUCUGUCUGCUCAGUGUUGUAGACAAUUAUUACUUGUAUAAGAAGUAUAAUCUUCAUGAAAUUUGUAAAGACGAUACACCCAACGAUUCGGAGGAGACGAAAGCUAAGAAGUUCAAGUCUGAUGUGCCGACAGCUGCGGAACACAAUGAAGUUGGAUAAAUUUAUUUCUUAUUCUCUUUAAAUAUGUAUUCCAAUUUCUAGGUUAAGGCAACCUGGGGUCCCAAUACCAAUUCUUGCACCAAAUUUUUCUCUAUUUCUUACUAUUUUUAAAUAAAUGGAUGUUUACUAUAUAUGUGUAACUUAAA